CCCUUUUCCCAUCCUCCCCCUCAGCGUCUGUGCCGGCGCACGGAUAUAGACGCGCACACGCGCACACGAGCACACAGCCAUGGCGGCAGUCGCGUCACAGCUCCCCCGGGAUGACCUUGGCCCGAUCAUCGACAGCUUCUUCCUGUCGACCGUCUCUGACCUUGACGCGGCCAUCAUUCGCAAGCUGGCCGACAUCUCCGCCGCCAACCCGACCGCUUUUGCGCCGUUCGUCGAGCAUGCCCAGCAGACGCGACCGACCGUGCCGAUCCCGGCCCACGAGCAAGCCGACCUGAAUGAGGCAGCGCGUCAGAUCCUCGCAUGCACCCUGCACAUGCUCUCCCACGCUCUGGUCCGGGCGCAGCUCUUGCAGGCCCUGCCGACCGAUUGCUCUCAGUGGAUGGUGUCCUCCUUCCAGCUGCUCCUUCGAUCGGCCCUACGUCUGUCGCCGUGGAUCUCGGCCAGUCUUCUCGAGCUUCUCUGGACGUCACUUUGUGCCUGUGUCCGGCCGCUGUCGAUCGCCACGACGUCCGCCGCGACGAAUCGCUUCCCCGCGCUCAAGCUGCUGAUCGAUUCGGCCACGCCCUAUCUGCCGGGCCGGGACAGCGAUCCGCGCUUCUUUGGCCGGGCCAUCAUCCCCUGCGUGCCGGUGACCGCCCUGGCCGACAUGCUCGGCCCCCUGCUGGAGUUUUGGCAGUCUCUCUGCCUCCUGCCAGUCGCGGUGACUCUCGCCACCCGGCGUUCCUCCUUCCUGGGUGUUCUCUACGCUGUUUCGGACCUGGUUGUCUGCGGGUAUUUCGGCGUGCCUGCCGGGCCGGCCGACUCAUCUCCCUUGUCAAUCCGGUCGCCAGCGCCCACGCCCAAGGAUGCGAAGGAUCUGGUAUUGGCCCUGCGGUCGGUUUCGGCCCGGCUGGAACGUCUUACCGCUCGACACCGCCGGUGCCUGGAGCCGGCCGACCCGGGGGUCUGUCCGGCCCCCUCUCGUUGCAUUGCUCUCGUAGAUGUCUCGCCAAUCCCCGACUCCGUGUCUCGGCUGGUGCUCGGCAUGCGCACGGUCUUCGGCGGACUAAGCUCAAGUGGGGUGCAAUUCUCUCCCUCAGCCCCGGCGACCGCAUCGGCUGGCAGCGCCUCCAUCCCCGGAUCCCCCGGCUCCCCGGGGCAUGGCCGGUCGUCAUCCAACAACACCGGGCCCGGGGCCCUCGAGCGUCCCUCUCUUCCCCAGAACCACCCCUGGCUGUCGCUGUAUAUGCUCUGGCCGAGCGCCCCGGCGCCAUUGGUCCCGGCGGCCGGCGGCCCGGCCGUCCCGAGCUACUUCUCCCUGGAUGGCAUGCACUCGGGCUUGGUCCUGCCGGCCAUCGCCUGGCCGGAGCGCGCCAAGGGCUAUCUUUUCGCCGCCUGGGUGUGGCUGGAGCCCUGCCCCGUGGGCCCGGUGGCCAUCCCCCGGGUCGAGCGCCCGGCCGAAGCCCCGGGCUCCCCGGGCCAGCAGCCGGCCUCGGCAGCACACCCACAGCAGCCGGCCUCGGAACGCUCCCCCGGCAAGACUUCCACCUCGUCCUCCUUCUUGGGCGGCAUGCUGGCCUCGGUCACUCGGGCCACGGGGCUCGCCUCGCCGGAGCCCUCUCUGCCCGGGUCGCCGAAGCUCGGGGCAUCGGGCCGCUCGGCGGUGCCGCCGCCAGCGCCCUUCACUCCGCCCCGCGCGCCGACACCUCCCGCUCGGCAGUACCUCUACAGCUUUGCCGCUCGGGACACCUCGCCCACGGUUUUCGGGGCCGGUGUCCAUGCCUUCUUUGAGCGGUACCCGAAUAUCGAGGCGCUGGACCCGUCGAUUGCCGUGGCUCAGGUGGAUCACUACCGCCUGGUGGUCGAGUCGACUGGCCUCUCGCCCGCGCUGACCAAGGACGAGCGCCGACGCUACGAGCGCCAGGAUCGCCCGAUCCCCCGGAACCUGGUCGACUCGACGGCCUUUGACUUUCCCUUCUGCCCCGGGCGCUGGUACCAUGUGGCUGUGUCCCACGCGCCGGAGACCGUGUCCAGCAGCUGGUGGUGGCCCUUCGGCUCGUCGUCCGGCACGGCAUCCACCGCCGAGACCGGGCUCCCCGGGCAGGUGGCGCUGUACAUCGAUGGGUGUCUGGUUCUCUCGUCGCCGGACUCCCUGCCCCCGAGUGCUGAGCCGCAUGCCGGCAAGGGUACCAAGAAGCCGGCCGACCCGGCCCCCGGGGCGACUGACGAUCCGGCGUAUGCCCGGUCGCGGCCCCUGCGCUUCCCCUUCCUGAAUGAGUCUCCCCUUCCUCUGUCGACCAUCGGCUGUCGGCCGAAGCAAAAGUAUGGCUGGAGCAUGGAGGCCAACCCGGUGUUUGAUUGUCUGCGCGGGCGCAUCGGCGCGGUGCACAUGUUCGCCGGGGCGCCGCCCGUGCCGGACUCGUCGCCCACCCAGCGGCGCUUCCGGCCGCACCUGCGCCGCCGAGCCCCCACCAUGUCGGGUGGCUUCUCCUCCGACGGGCCUGAUGUCACAGCCUGCGAGCUGGUCCCCGGGACCAUUCCGCACAUUCUCUUCGGUCUGGGGCCGGCCUACACCGGGGACCUGGUGCACCCCUUCCUGGCGGCCAACAUGGACCUCGCCGGGAUCGGCCUCUCGGACCUCGGUUCGGCCGGCCUGCUGCCGGUGGUCGGCUCGGCCGAAGGCCUGCCGGCUGCGGCGGCGCGCUUUCCCCAGCCCGGGCCCGAGGUGCCCAGCCAGCAGGAGCUUUCGCUAGCCCGCUCCCUCGGGUCCGACUUGCGCAUCGGCAUGUCGCUGAUGUUCGCAUACCACCCGCGCGCGGCCGAGCCCCUGGUGCAGGCGGUCCCGGCCGGGGCCGACCUGGACACCUGCCUCGGGCAGAUGGACUCCCCCGUGGGCCGGGUGUUUGCCUUCUGGCAGUGCCGGUCGGUGGCCCCCCCUGGCUGCGAGCGCAUCUUCGCCAUCGAUGGGCUGGCCCUCUUCCCCGGCGGCGGGUCGGAGGUCAAUCCGCAGGCCCUUUUGGCGGCGGCCGGAGCGGUGCUCCUAUUGGCUCCGGGCUCGAAGCCGGUCCGCCGGCCGGGGCUGGUUGCUGCCUCGACCGGGGCCCUCAGCCCGCCGGUCUUCUGUUCCUCGGCCACCAGCCUGCCGAGUAGCCUCUGCGCGGCGGCCCUGCAGGCAUGGACCGCCGGGCUGUAUGGGCCCCUGAAUCCCUGGUCGCUGGCCGGUGUCCUGUCGCAGGUGAGCGCGGUCGGGGCCCUGCGCGCGGCGACGGCCGGCCACUCGGCCGAGACGGUCCUCCGCCGGGUGGACCUGGCGGCCACCACCCUGCAAGUGAUGCUGGCUCUGCUUGCCUCGCGCCCGGCCAUGCUGCUGGAGGCCCUACAGGGGGGCUUCUUCCCGCUGCUGGCCCACAUCAUGGAGCACCGGCUGUCCGGGAAGGCGGCUCUGUCGGGGCCCGGGGAUCCCGGCUCCGGGAGUGCCUCGUCACCGGGUGCCGGUGGCGGCUCCGAUGGCAGCGGCCCCGGGGCCGGCCCCGGCGGGGCUGCCUCCUCUUCGGCCCUCAGCUUGGAGGUGGCCUCGGUCAUCGGGGCCGAGCUGCCGGUGGGCUUCUCCGCCGGGUCGGCACACCCGGCCCUGCGGGCCUUCCUGCGCGUGGCGCAAUACCGCUUCCUGCUGCUGAACUGGGGCAUUUGGAUUGGGGCCCCGGUGUCGGUUCAGCGGUGGGUCCUGUCGGACAUCGCGGCGGCCGCCGGCGGGGGGCCCGACGCCGCGGCCUGGCUCCGGGGGACCCUCGGCGUGGCCAGCCUCUUUGACAUCCUCUCGGACCAUCUGUUCUUCUGGGACACCGGCCACUCGGUGAUCGGCACUGCCACCGGGGCGGAUGAGGGGGCCGGCGAUGUGGGCCCCGAGGCCGGGGCAUCGGCCGGCCCGUCCUCCCCGGGCACGGGGCAGUUGCUCACCUGCCACGAUGUGCGCGAGCUCCGUGCCUACAUCAUCUUCCUGCUGAAUCGCAUGGUGACGGCCAAGCAGCCGCUGGAGCUGCGCGAUCUCCACCGGGUGUUGAUGUUCAUCAGCAACAGCACCUCGUCCAUGGUGAAUGCCGUGGCCUCGACGGCCGAGUCGGUUUUGUCCGGCCAGGCGGCGGCCCAGCUGCGGGGGGUCCCCUCGCGGCUGACCCGGCGCCAGGCCGCCGUGGCCGACGCCCUGGUGGAUGUGCUGCCGGUGCUGCUGAAUUGGCUGGCCGACCAGCCGACCGCCAUCGCGGUGGAUGGCUUCGUGCAGAAGGACGGCCUGACGGCCCUCAUGCCGGCCCUGUGGCUGGACAAUGAGAUCAUCCAUGUGACCAUCGUCAAGAUCAUCGGGGUGCUCCUGCGGCGGACGGCUCGGCGCCGGGAUGCCAACAGCCGGCACCUGCUGGCCGAGCUCAAUGACCGGGCCUUCCCGUACAUGGCCGCGUACUUUGCCCAGCGGCCGAUGUCGCACCUGGUAUAUCGGUCGCUGUUUGAGCUGGCCAUCGGCCAGGCCCAUUCGUCUCUGGGCCAUGCGGAUUCCCGGUCCUCGGUGCGUGUGGUCCAGCCCGCGGUGUUGGAGCUCCUGCUGGUGGCCCUGUCGAGUUCCUUCCAGGCACACCAGGACCCGGAUCUGGCUGCCUUGGGGGUCGGGCCGGGCGGGCUGGCGGUCGAUCCCGGCCCCGGGGCCGGGACCAUGUCCCGGAGUGGCUCCUUCGCCCGGUCGCCCUCCAUGCAUGGGCAAAUUUCGGUCACCGAGCAAUUCCUCCACGACCUGCGGCUCUUGCUGGUGGGCAACCCGGCGGACAUUGUGCCGGUGCUGCUGAAUGUCGAAUCGUGGUAUGUGUACCUGGUGCGCUUCCAGCUGAGCCGGCCCUUCGUGACGGAGACCCUGGGCGACAGCCUGAAGCGGUCGCUGCGCGCGUCGCGGGAUUUCCCCCUGCCCGACAUCCCGGCCCUGAAGUUGGCCCUUCCACGAUCGACCGGAUCGGUCGGGCCGGUUCUCCUGCCGCUGCGUGUGCGCCAUUCGCUCACGGUGGCGGUGCCGGAAGCCGGGGGGCACUUUUCCCUCUGGGCCCCGGACGACCUUUCCCCGGCCAUCGAUCAUGCCGGGGACGAUGCCCCGGAGGCCGAGCUGAUGGCCGCCUCGGCUGAGGGGUCCGGCAGGGAGGGGGCCCCGGCCGGCCAGCCGGAGCCCCCGGCCGGAGGGCGCUUGCGUCUUCGAACCCCCGGGCAGCUUUGGCUCGUGGCCACCGGGCCGCGGUUGCACUUUGUCCUGGCCGACUGCCCGGCGGUGCGGACCUUCUGCGACCCGCGGUCCGGGUUCCCCAGUGACCCGGUGGAUCUGGCUGGCCGACAGCUGGUCGGCACCCUGGGCAGUGCCCUGGCCAGCGGGGCCGGUCUCGGGUCGCCCUUCAAUGCGGGCCCCUCGGUGUCGAGCAGCUACCACACGCACCACUCCCCGGGGUCGGCCUUGUCCACGGCCGGGUCGCUGGGGCCCGGGAAUGUGGCCGGCCUCGGUGGCGGGACCAGUGCCGUCUCCAGUGCCGGGGCCUCGCCCGCCCUGGGCACCUACCACCCGACGCACAGUUCGGCAUCCUUGGCGUCGGCGGCUUCGCGGACGCCGUAUGCCGGGUCGACGGCCGCCGCCGCGGCGGCGGCCAGUGCCCUGUCCACGGCCCCCGGUGCGUGGGCCCGGCUCGAGCCGCUCUUCGCCUACCUCAGCGGGGCCGAUGACAUUGAGGAAGCCGCGGCGGCCGUGGCCCUGGAAUACCUGCUGCCGGUGAGCGCCCCCCACCGGGACCCGCAUAGCCGGGCGGUCGGGGAGCUGGAUGCGCCGAUGUCGCCGAUGACCGGGGAUUCCGGCUCUCCCGGCAGCCGGGAUGCCAGCCUGGAGGACCUGGCCACGCCGCCGAGCCCGCUGAACCCGGAUCAGCCCCUGCCCGGGGAGGCCGAUGGCGCCGGGGCGGAAGCCGAUCCCCGGCUCCCGGCCGAGGCGGCCUCGGCCGGCUUCGGCCGGCCCUGCUGGCCGAUGGUCGUGCGGAAGCGCCUUUUCGCCGAGUUGCUGACCUUCGCCCGGAUGACGGUGACCGAGUGGCAGCGGCUCGAGGGGCCGCGGCCGACCGGCAGCACGAUCAGCGCGCGGGACUUGCUCCAAACGGCGGAGGCCAUUUUGCGGGUGGCCCUGCUGGCGGCGGCCGAUGUGACCGGGCUCAACCGGUCGGACGGCGUGUCCGACUGGGAUUUGAUUCCGCUGGCCACGGCCGAGGACAUGCCCAUGCUGAAUGACCUGCAGUUUGUGCUGGAGUUCUUUUUGAAUGUGGCAGCCGUGGCGGCUGGCGCCCUGGCCGGGACCUUCUUCCCCUCGACCUGGAUGGUGCCGGUCGUGGGCCAGCUCCUGGAUGCCGAGGUGGAGGAGCAGCUCCUGGAUGCCAGCGUGCUGGUGACCCUGGCCGUGAUCAAUGUCCGCGUGCAGGCCCAAAUCGCCGACAGCCUGCGCAUCCUCGGUGCCGGCCGCCGGCCGUUGGAGGACCUGGUGGCCGAGCAGCCGGUGGUCGGGGACCUGCUGGCCGGGCUGGCCCUGACAUCGGAGGAUGUGGCGGCCUUGACCCGGGUGGCUUCGUCGGCUGCCCGGCCGGCGGCCUCCGGCUCCGGUGGCCAUGGCCCGGUGCCGCCCGGGCAGCCGGCGGUCGCCAUGACGCCGACCACCGCCACCGGGGACCUGUUGAGCCCCCUGUCCCUGAUGGGGGCCGGGCUGGAGGGGGAUGAUGGGCCGGGGCCCGAUGGCUCGGGCUCCGGGGUGGGGAACGCCAUGCCGGGCGGGCCGCAGCAUCCGCGCGCGCAGGCCCUCGGCCAGGCCCCCCGCCGGGGGAGCAGCUUCUCGCAGGGCACCCCCCUGGGAGCCCCAUCGACCACGGCGGUGGCCGCGGCGGCCGUCGCCGCGGCCGAGGUGUCCCAGUCCCUGUCGUCGGAUUUGUUCCCGGUGCCGGCGGAACGCCGGGGGUCCAAUCCCCCGGUCCCUGGCGGCAGUGGCCCAGGGAGCCCGCGGCCGCCCCACCGGCGCCCCAUGCCGGCCGGGCUGUCCGUGGCGGACCCCACCUCGGUGGCCGGGCUGAGCUCCCUGAACCUGGCGGAUCCCACCUACCGGCGGCUGUUGGCCGUGGUGUACUGCCUGACCCGGUUGGCCCUGGCGGCCCUCGGGUAUGAUGUGGUGGAAGUGCUGCAGGAAAUGCCGGCCAGCUUGAAGAACACCACGGGGCUGUCGGCCGCGGCGCUGGCCCGGCUGGCGCACUCGUCGAUGCACACCCGGUCCACCGGGCCCGGGGGCCCGAACACACCGCCGGCCUUGCAGCCGGCCUUCUCGGCCCGGGCCCCGGUGUCGCCGCAUGCCGAGCGCUUUGCCGCCGCGGUGCGGUCCUUCAUCGUCGAGCGCUUCAGCGUGCUGGUGUACCUGAGCAUGGCGCACCUGCACCAGACCCUGCACGCGCAUGCCAGCCUGCGGCCGGACAGCUCGGUCCAGGCCUUCCUCGAAUACCUGAUGGACUCGUCGUGGAUCUACUUCGCGCGGUACUGCCUGGUGGGGGCCUUCCGCGAGACGCUCCUUUCCCUGGCCCAGGCGCACUUGUUGAUCCCGCGGCCGAAUGACCCGGCGCCGCUGCAGCUGUCGCUGCCGGAGUUCACGUAUGCCUCGCCGACGCACGGGCACCUGCGCCGGGCCCGGGCCGCCGGGACCACGGCCGCCACGGCCGCCGCGGCGAUUGGCCCCGGCGUCGCGGCCCUCGGCGGGGCCCCGGCCCCCUCGCCGGUGCUGCUGACCCCCUCCAUCAUUGAGGCGGUGCGGCUGUACUCGCACGACCUGCGCGCCACCUCCUACUACUACCAUGAUGCGGACUACUUCCGGUGCCAGAUUCGCAGCGAGUCGGCCGCCUCGGUGCGCGUGGCCGCGGCCCGGACCCUGAGGGACAUCCUCCGCGAGCAGGACAUCUCCGAGGGUCCCUGGCGCCGAGCCGGGGCGGCCUUCUCCGGGUCCCCGGCGCCGGCCCUCCUGUCCGGGCCACUGCUGGCGUCACUGCCUCCGCAGAGCCUGGUUCGCAUGCAGUGGGCCGGGUCCGAGGGGGCCCCGGCGGAUGGGUCUUCGGCCGGGGCCUUUGCCCGGGGCCGGCACCACUCGUCGUCCUCCCCCUCGGCUGUCGCCGCCGCCGCCGCCGCCGCCGCCGCCGUUGGCACGGCCGUCGCCUCCGCCACCGCCACCACCACCGGGGAUGUCUUCCGCGUGGUGGAUUGCCUCCGGUGCGGGGGUGUGGUGGACCCACGCCGGGACUCGGCCGUCGGCUACCUGCUGCCAGAUCGCCAUGUUUCCUACCGGUCGCUGGGGCUCGGGACCGGUGGCCCGGUGGCCCGGGCCGCCGGCGUGUCCUCCGGGCCAGGGCCGCUGUUCGAUCUGACCGCGGCCUCCUUCAGCCCGGCCUUGUCGCUGGCCGGGCGGUUGUUCUGCGAAUGUCGCGGCGUCAUCAGCUCCCUGCGCCCGUUGCAGGACCCGUCGGUCUUCAGCCUGCUGCCUCGGCAGCCGACCUACUGGCGGUUGGCCCUGACCGAGGAUGCCUUCCGCCGGCGGCGCCUGCUGACCCGGCACUAUGGCGGCAGUUCGCACGAGGGGGCCUCCAUUGCCACGUCCUCGGCCAGCCUGUAUGUGCGCACGCGUUUGGCGGCCAUCGCGCCGGCCGGCGAUGCCGAGCAGCCGGACCAGGGCCUGGGCCUUGGGGCCGGCGCCGCGGACACGGGGCCCGCCUCGAGCCCGGCCUCCCCGCGGCUGGAGGCCGUCCUCCGGAAGCUGGCCGCCGAUGCGGAGGAAGUCGACACGGCCGGCGGGCCGCACUCGGCCGAGCUGGAGGAGCUUAUUGACGACAUUUCCGGCUCGCUGUCGGCCGAGGGGCUGGCCUCCAACCGGCAGGCGCGGCUGCCCCCCGGGUCGCACACCCUCAAGGCGGAGCUCGUCCGGCCGGGGUAUGUCCUGGCCGGCGAGCUGACCAUUGUCCCGGGGGUUCCGCUGUCGGGACAUGCGCCGGGGGCCGGGCCGCAGGGAUCGACCCUGGCCCCGGGCACCCCGGGCACCGGGCCGGAGCAUGCCGAGCAUGCCGACGCCGAGGUCAGCUCCGGGCAUAUCAUCAGCCCGGCCCUGUCGGCCGGGCGCCAGGGCGGCCCGGGCCGGCGCUGGACCACGGCCCUCUUCUACUUCCGGGCCUUCUACUACCUGGAGGCGCCCGGGCGCCGGGGUGCCGGUCGUGGGGCCGGGAGCGGGUCGCGCGGGUCGGCCGCCGCCGAGGCGGCCGUCGCCCUGACCGACGUGCCGAUGAAGCACCGGCUUCGGGUGUGGACGGCGGAUGCCAUUUCCAGCAUCCAGCCCCGGCGGUAUCUCCUGUGCCAAACGGCGCUGGAGGUGUUCCUGGCCAGCCGGCGGUCGGUGUUCUUCAACUUCCCGAUCCACGAGUCGCUGGCCGACACGCGGAAAACCCGCGACCGGGCCCUGGGCCUGCUGAAGCAGAUCUCCCCGGCCACCGAAAGCCUGGCCAGUGCCCUGUCAACCACCCUGACCCGGGCCUUUGAUGCCUUCUCCUCGGUGGGGUCCUCCUUGACGCACGCCCCGGGCGGGGCCCCGGUGCUGGAUGUGCUGGAGCGCAAUGCCCUGGCCGAGGUGACGCAGCAAUGGUCCGCCGGGCGUCUGAGCAACUUCGAUUACCUGAUGCACUUGAACAUGCUGGCCGGCCGGACCUACAGCGAUCUCAACCAGUGGCCGGUCUUCCCCUGGGUGCUGGCCAAUUACGAAACGUCGGAGCUGGACCUGACCGACCCGGCCAACUACCGGGACUUGUCCCGGCCCAUGGGCGCGUUGAAUCCCUCCCGGCUGGCCUACUUCCGGGCGCGCUUCGAACAGUGGGACAGCGACGACCUGGAGCCCUUCCUCUAUGGGUCGCACUAUUCCAACAUGGGGACCGUGCUUUUCUUCCUCCUCCGGGUGGAGCCCUUCACCUCGCACUUCCUGCACUUCCAGGGCGACCGGUUCGACCAUCCCGGCCGGUCGUUCUUCUCCCUGGCCCAGGCCUGGAGCAACGCCCUCAAUUCCACCUCCGACUUGAAGGAGCUCAUCCCGGAGAUGUUCUACCUGCCGGAGCUCUUCCGCAACACCGGGCGCUUCGACCUGGGAGUCCUGCUGCCGGAGGGGGUCGACGAUUUGGAUUGCUACUCGAAGGGGCAUGCACGGCGUGAGGCGGCUCGGGCGGCGGCGGCCGCCGCGGCGGCCGCGACCACCGCGUGCGCGUGCGAGCCGGCGGACAUGUGCUCUUGCGAGCCGGCUCCAUGCCCGGCCCCGCCGGGCCCCCCGGCUCCGGCAUACGUCCUGGACGAUGUGGAGCUGCCCCCCUGGGCCCAUGGCAGCCCGGAGCAGUUCAUCCGCAUCCACCGGGCCGCCCUCGAGUCGGACAUCGUGUCGAGCCAGCUGCACCUGUGGAUUGAUCUGAUCUUCGGCUUCAAGCAGCGUGGCGCGGAGGCCGUGAAGGCCAACAAUGUUUUCCACUCGCUCACCUACGAGGGGAACUACGACCCGGGGCGCUUGCGCGAGAAGGACCCCCUCCUGCUGAAGGCGACACAGGACCAGGUGGCCACCUUCGGCCAGACGCCGCGCCAGCUCUUCUUCGCGGCGCACCCGCAGCGAGCCUUCGUCCCCUCGCUCGGGUGCACUCUUCCUGCCGCCGGGGGCGACAGGUCGCGUUUCCGCCGGUCGACCAUGGUGGCCCCGAGUGCGGUGCAUACGCGGACCCUGCCGGGGGCCGAUGCACCGGGGCCCGAUGUGCCGGGCUCGCCGAGCGGCUGCCCGCCCUCGCCGCCGCCGCCGCCGCCGCAGUCACAGCCGGGCAGCCCGGUGGUGCCGGGCCCGCCGUCGACGCCUCUGCGGGCGGACCUUCCGGAGCCCAGCUCGCCCGAUGGCGAUAGUGCCAUUGCCCCGCCGGCCGGGUCGCCGGGUCUCCUCCAGACCGGGGCUGCCAAUGCCAAUGCCGGUCCGACGCCGCUGGCCCCGGGGCCGGCCUCGCCGCCUGGCGCCCGGCGGUCACUGGUGGCCCCGAUUUGGACCGACGAGCAGUUGCACUUCUCCCUCGGGUCGAUUGACGUGUCGCCCGGGGUGCCGAUCAUCUUUGUCAGUGAUUUGGACUUCGUCGGGCAUGAUGACGAGAACCCGGCGGCCUGGCUGGCUGGCCAGCAGCCGACCGGGGGGUCCAGCGCCUCGGGCGCCGGGUCGGACGCCGGCCCGGCCGCCGGGGCCGGGCCCGGGUCGGGAUCGUCCCUCGGCGGUGGUGGCGGGAGUCUUGGCGCCUCGGGCUCCGGCGGCGGUGGCAGCGCCUCGGCCAGCGCCGGCGGCGCCCCGGACAAGGUGACCGCCUGGGGCCGGCUGCUGACCGUCAGCGCCGACCAGUCAUACGGCUUGCAUCGGUGGUCCGUGCGCCAGGCCGGCUUCGCGGCGCAGCUCCCCCAAACCCCGGUCGGCGAUCCGGCGGCCGGUGGCGCGCGCGCCUCCGCCCUGCAGCAGCAGCAGCAGCACUGGCAGCACCUGCAGGGCCAGCAGCAGCAGCAGCAGCAGCAGUCUCUCGCAAAUGCCGGCGCCGAGGGUGGCAUCUCGCUCGGCGUGGAGGACGAGCCGGCCGGCCGAAACAACUUGCCGGACGUGCCGGCCUCCGCCUCGAUGUCAGUCAUCCCGUUGCCCUUCUAUCUGGAUGUGGAUCCGUUGCUGUUCUCCCUCGCACCGGGGGACUUUGCGGCGGCGGCCGCGGCCGCGCCUCCCGCAGCCACGACCACCACCUUCUCGGCGGGGGGCCCGGCCACGACCGACCUCCGGCCUCGGUCGGCGUCGCGCCUGGCCUCGCCCGCCACCACGGCCCCGACCCCGAGCCAGCUGUCGCUGAUGUCCACCAACCUGAAUCUCCUGGCCCUGCACACCGGGGCCGGGGACCUGGUCGGGGAGGCGGCCCCGCGAACCGGGGCCGCGGCCCUCCGCUCACGACAGACCCCCCGCUCGGCACCGAACUUCCGCCGGUACCUGCACCCGCACUUGGAUGCGGAGCUCUUUGCCACGCGCGCCCAGUGUCACAGCCUGUCUGGCGCGUGGGCCGGCACUCCGGCCAUCCGGGCAGCCACGACCGCCGGGGCUGGGCGCGCCCGGCCGGCGGGUGGCUUCUUCGGCUUCGAGGCCGAGGACCUCCGUCAGGCGGCCGUGGCGAGCAGCGCCCCCGGGCAGCAGCCGGGCCUGGCCGGGGGCGCCGAGACCGCGGGCCCGGCCGACUCGCCGGCGGUCGUGGCCCUCCGGCGGUCGGCCGGCCUGCCGACCCUCAGCGCGGCGGUCGGGUCCGCCUGGCUGGCCCGGUCACGGCCCCUGGCCACCGGGUGGCUCUUUGUCUUCGACCCAUCUCGCAGUGUGGUGGCCAGUGCCGGGCACUGGGAUGGCUCGGUUCGCGUGACCCAGCUGCCGGAUGGGUUCAGCGUGACCAGCCAGCUGCUCGGGGAGCUGGCCUCCCAGGCCACCAGCACCCUCGGCCUGGGGACCAUCCUGUCGCUGACCGGGCGGACAUUGCAAAUCCUGCGGCUGGAUGACACGGUCACGUCGCUGAGUUGGACCCGCUGCGGCCGGUCGCUGCUGGUGGGCACCCGCAGCGGGCAGUUGUCGCUGUGGGGCGUGCUCGGCGGGGCGGGGACCAUCGGCGAUGAGCGCCGCGGGUCCGGUGCCGGCGGGGCCGCCAGCUCCGUGGUGGCCGGGGCCUCGCUGGUGGGGGCCGGCUUGUCGGCCGGCGUGCAGAGCCUCGUCGGGGCCGGGUCCAGUGCCGGGUCCAGCAAGGCCGGGCACCUGUCCGCCUCGGCCGCCCGGGAGAAUGACAUCUCCGUCGGACCGGUGGGCUUGUCGGGCCCGGGCCCGCGGGCCCCUGUGGCCAAUUCCCUGGAUUUGGCGCAGUUCCAGCCGGCCGAGCUGGGCUCCGUGGUCAGUGCCUUCGCCCAGGCCAGCCGGGUGUGGGGCACGGCCGAGGCGCGCAAUCUCGGUGUCCUGGCCGGGCUGCCGGGCAUCUCCUUCAGCUCGGCCUCCGGCCGGCAGAUGAUGUGCAGCCUCGACGGGGCGGCCAUCUCCCCGGCCGAGCUGGCAGCCCUGCAGCAACUGAGCUCCGCCGCCGGGCAGGCGCUCCUCCGGCACAGCCUGCAGCGCGGGCGCCUGGACGACCGGGCCGUCCGGGCCCGCCUCGAGGGUCACGAUUCGGCCGUCCGGGCGUCCUGCUACCUGGACCACCCGUCGGAGCCCGGCAUCGUUGUCUCCGCCUCCGCCUCCGGGGUCCUGCUGCACCUGGCCACGUCCGGGCGCUUUGUGCGGGCCAUCUACGAGGCGGCGCUGCUGGCCCGGGGGCUUGCCCCCUCGGCCGUGGCCCCGGUGCGCGAUGGGUGCUUCGUUGUCUUGUACACCCCCCUGUGGCUGCAUCCGAUGCCGGUCAAUGGCGAUGCCGUGGAUCACGGGCUCUUCAACCACAUCGCCGAUGUGGCGUCGAUCUUCGAAUCGCGCCUGGUCCUGUACACGGUCAAUGGCACGCGCCUGCACCAGCUCUCCCUUGCCGGGGAGUUCUCCCCCUCCCUGUCGACGGUCCAGCACCAGGGGGCCCUGUUCAUCGGGUCCCCGACGGCCGGCCUGGCCGGGCGCGCGUCGGCCGAUCCGGUGGCCGCGGCCGCCGAGCAUGCGCCCCUCCUGCGCGCCUCGCCCUGCGGGUCAUUCGUUCUGCUGGCCCUGAAGACACACCUGCACGUGUAUCGCGUGGAUGCCAACGCCCUGACGCUGGUCCACCGGUCUGGCUCGGUGCCAGCCCCGAUCACGGCCAUCGGCCUGGUAACCACGCCGAACCAUCGGCUGCACCUGCACCUGCCACCGCCGGUGCCGGGGGUCCACAUCCCGGCCAGUGCCGGGUCCCGGAGCGGCCGCGGCGAGUCGCCCCAUUCCCCUGGCCCUGGGUCCCUGGCACACGAGGCCUCGGCCGAGGCCCUGCAAACCGUGGUCGACACCCUCUGCCGGCGGUGCACGGUCCCGACGCCGGGCUUCGCCGGGCAUCACUUUGUGCCGGCCGGCUCGCAGUCGUGCUCGCACGCGCACGCGGCCGGUACGGCCUGCGCCUCGGUCACGUAUGCCUUGCUUGGCCUGGCCAAUGGCGUGCUCCAGGUCAAUGCCCUGGACUUUGCCUUCUGGCGCUCGCAGAGCGACUACUAAAGGGCGCGCGCGUGCACGUGUGUGGACGGUCUCCCGCCGCCGGCGCCAUUCGCGCCUCCACCAUUCCCCCCCCCC